GUGGUGUGCUGGAUUAAGACAUAUUGGGUCUUCGCUAGUUGACACAUCAGUAUUUUAUAUUAAUUGAAGAUUGAUUCCACAUUAUGGUAUUUAUUAUUAAGCGGUCGCAUGAUAUUUAUGUAGAUUAAGUGGUUCAUAGAUUUUGAAAUUUAGUAUUUGUGGUUCUUUACAUCGUAAAUCAGCACCGAUGAUGCUGACUCCGUUUUUAGAAGGUGUAAUGUUAUCGCGGUGGAAGCUGCUAUGGUCUUCACAUAACCAAAUCUUGAGGAAUCAAUUUAUAAAUUAUAAGUCGGUGUCUACAUUUAAGGAUAUUCAUAGACUCGAUACCAAGAAACCCAAAUUAUCUCCCAAACAAUUUGGUUGCAUGCCACAUGUAACUAAUAAAAGGAAAUACAAGUAUGAAGAAGGAAAGAUCUAUCAUGGCUUCCAAUGUGAACGUGUGGAACACAUUUCUGAAUUUGAAGUUACGUCCUAUACUUUCCGUUAUGAGCGCACGGGUACAGAAUUAUGGCAUAUCGACCGAAAUGAUUCAAACAACGUGUUUUCAAUUAAUUUUCGAACCACGCCUUUUGAUUCUACUGGUCUACCACAUAUUUUAGAGCAUUUAUCGUUAUGCGGUUCACAAAAAUAUCCUGUCAGGGAUCCCUUCUUCAAAAUGCUUAACCGUUCGGUAGCGACGUUUAUGAAUGCAAUGACUGGUCCAGAUUAUACUAUUUAUCCUUUUUCGACGAUGAAUGAGAUUGAUUUUAGGAAUUUGCAACGUAUUUAUUUAGAUGCCGUAUUCAGGCCAAACCUGGCGUAUUUAGAUUUUCUACAAGAGGGCUGGAGGCUAGAAAACAAAGAUAUAUUCGAUCAACAUUCAAAGCUUAUAAUCAAAGGAGUUGUUUAUAACGAAAUGAAAGGUGCGUUUUCUGAGAACGCGCAGAUAUUUAGUCAGAGCCUACUCAAUAAUAUUUUUCCUGAUCAUACAUAUGGAUAUGUGUCUGGCGGAAAUCCAUUGGAAAUACCCAAGUUAUCACACAAGGAUCUAGUUGAAUUCCACAAAAAAUAUUAUCACCCAAGUAAUGCUCGCAUAUAUUCCUAUGGAUUACAUGAUCCAAAUAAAACGCUUGCACUUCUCGAUAAGGAGUAUUUAUCAGAUCAAAUCUGGGUUGAUAACUCUUACAGUUUAAUACGUAAUCAAGAACGUUGGACUCAGCCUCGUUUUGUACACAUAUCCAGUAGACUAGAUAACAUGGGUGCGACAAUUGAUCGACAGAACCAAAUUGCUAUUGCAAUGUUGAUGUGUGAUGCCACAAACAUCCAAGAAAGUUUUGAAUUACACGUCCUAUCUGAAAUACUAAUUCGUGGGCCUAAUUCUCCUUUUUACAAAAACCUUAUAGAGCCAAAUUUUUCGGGUGGGUAUAAUCAAACCACUGGAUAUUCUUCGGAUACUAAGGACACAACUUUUGUCAUUGGAUUACAAGACCUUCGAGUUGAGGACUUCAAAAAAUGCAUCGAAAUUUUUGACAAAACUAUAAUUAAUUCUAUGAAUGGUGGGUUUGAUUCCCAGCAUGUUGAAAGCGUUCUGCACAAUCUUGAGUUGUCUUUGAAACACCAGAGUCCCCAAUUCGGAAAUACUUUGCUUUUCAAUUCCACAGUUUUAUGGAAUCAUGAUGGCGAUGUAGUCAGCAACCUCCGUGUAUCGGAUAUGGUAUCGCGUCUGCGAAGAAGCAUAAGCGAAAAUAAAAAUUAUUUCCAAGAAAAAAUAAAUAAAUAUUUCGCAAAUAACAAUCAUAGACUAACAUUGACUAUGUCACCUGAUGAGACAUAUGAGGAUAAAUUCAAACAGGCCGAGUUAGAGUUGGUAGAGCAAAAAGUAAAACUUCUUGAUGAAUCUGACAAAAAAAAAAUAUAUGAGAGUGGAUUGAUCUUGGAUUCAUAUCAAAAGGCUAAGUCAAAUACUGAUUUAUUGCCUUGUCUGACAAUGAAUGAUGUAAGAGAUCCACCAAAAUGGCCUAAAUAUUACAUACAAAAUGUUCAAAAUGUUCGGACCCAGAUUUGCAAGGUUCCGACCAAUGAAAUUACUUAUUUUAAGUGCAUGUUCAAUAUAACAGGACUUAGCCAUGAAGAAAUUCAACUUAUGCCCCUAUUAUGCAAUGUUAUUACUACCAUGGGCACCACUAACUAUAAUUAUCGGGAGUUCGAUAAGCGUAUCCUCUUAAAAACCGGUGGUAUUGAUUUUAAGUUACAUUUAAUUGAAGAUGUAAAGGAUUCCAAAAGUUACAGUGUAAGCGUUAUGAUGAACACACAUGCACUCAAUAACAAUGUUCCGGACAUGUUUGGCUUGUGCCAAGAGUUGUUUAAAAAUGUUAAAUUUGAUGACUCGGAGCGUCUUAAAAUGCUAAUAGAAAAUUAUAUAUCAUAUAUAUCUGUAGGAGUGGCAAGUUCUGGUCAUUUGUAUGCUAUGUUGGGAGCAACUUCGCAAGUGUGUGAUGCUGGUAAACUCAAGUCCCUACUCUAUGGGGUAGAUCACAUAGACUUUAUGAAAAAUUUCAUACAAUCAACUAGCAUAAUUGAAAUUUGUGAUAAAUUGUCAGCUAUUGUAACAAAAGUUUUUAACAAAAAUAAUAUGCGCGGGGCCAUUAACACCACAGAAUCUUAUAUGCCAUUGGCUGUAAAUAGUUACGAAAAUUUUUUGGAGAGCCUGUCAGCAUUUGAGAAAACAAAAACAAGUCGUAAUAUUCAUUUUUUUGACCCUAGCUGUGAACAUUACGUGAUGAACAUACCAGUAAAUUACUGUGCUAAAGCUUUGUUCACAGUCCCAUAUCUCCACCAAGACCAUCCAACACUGCGAGUUCUAGCAAAAUUGGUAUCAGCCAAAUAUCUGUUGCCUGUGAUUCGCGAGCAGAAUGGGGCUUACGGAGCUGGAGCAAAAAUCAGCACAGACGGAAUUUUCAGUUUUUAUAGCUAUCGAGACCCACAUUCAACUAAAACCCUUAACGCUUUCGAUGAAACUUAUGAAUGGUUAAGGAAGAAAAAUGUAAUUGAUCAACAAUCUCUUUUUGAGGCAAAGCUUGGUGUGUUGCAGCAAUUAGAUUCCCCAAUAGCACCUGGAAAUAUUGGCAUUGAUUAUUUCCUGUAUGAAGUUUCACAAGAGGACUUUGAGAAGUAUCGUUCCCGAAUGCUUUCUGUUACUAUUGAUGACCUGCAAGGUGCGAUAGAAAAUUACUUUGGAAAAGAGUCAAUGCAUUAUGGAAAAUGUAUUUUGGGUCCAGUCAAUAAAAAUUUGGAGUUUGAAACUAGCCAAAAAUGGAUAAUAAAUUAUUAACUAAUUGUAAAUAUUAUAAGAAGUAAUAUAUUCAAAAAUUAAAAUUAUUUUAUUGGUUUAUUUCUUUUAUAUACGACCAAAGGUAUACAUCCGAAAUUAUAUUGUCAAGAUUUUUGAAAAUUAAAACUUAGUUACUAUAAUAAUUUGUCUUGCUAUUAGGUUAGAUAAACGCUACACUUAAUGUAAAUUUUUUUUUGGAAAUUAAUAUUAUUAUUAAUAACAAGUUUAUUACAUGAUAAAAUUACAUUGAUGACAUUCAAAAAAUAGUUUGAUGCACGUAUUACGAAGUCACAAAAAGAAAACCCCUGCAGGACUCGAUGAUGUAGCCCCUCAAAUUUCGAUAAAAACCCGUAAAAAGGUAUACUGGAUUCGUUGAAAAUUUCAUCUUUUUCAUCUCAACCAAUUAAUUUUUGUGUGACCCAUUUUUUUAUAAAUGAAAUAAAAGUGAGUGCUUUGUUUAAAAGGAGUAA